GCCAUCAUGGCCGCAACCUCAGUGUUUCAGAGGCUGAGAACUGGAUCUAAGUUGGGAGCGCAAUAUGACCAGGAAGGCAACCUUAUUCAGGUUGAAACGCGUGAAGAUGAGGAGCAGAAUGUUAAAUUGGCAGAAAUCCUGGAGCUGUUGGUGGCAGCAGGGUACUUCAGGGCUCGGAUCAAAGGGCUUUCUCCGUUUGACAAGGUUGUGGGUGGGAUGACCUGGUGUAUUACAACCUGCAACUUUGACAUAGAUGUAGAUUUACUUUUUCAAGAAAACUCUACAAUUGGUCAGAAAAUAGCGCUUACUGAAAAAAUUGUGUCUGUCUUGCCGAAAAUGAAAUGCCCUCAUCGUCUAGAGCCUCACCAGAUCCAGGGUCUUGACUUCAUUCACAUUUUUCCUGUUGUACAGUGGAAAAAAAAACGCGCCAUUGAAACAAACAAAUGGGUGGGACGAGAUUACAUUCGGGCAUACUCUGUGUCACAGUUUCAGAAAACACAUAGCAUUCCAGAGGAUAAUGAUUUUAUGCAGAGAAAAGAGAAGGCCAUUAAAACAGUAAUGGAUGUUUCUGAGGUUUAUAAGCCUCUGCGGAAAUACAAGAGGCAGGUUGAUGCCGAGGAACUAGUUGAUGAAGAAUCCAGAGUACACUCCACAUUGCUGGAGUAUGGAAGACUCCCUGAUUACAUACUACUGACUUGUCUUUUUUGUGUUAUGGCAUGUGUGUGUGUGUGUGCUAGUGUCCUUCAGAAGCUGAGAGCGUUGGUUGCUAUGAAUGAAAACCUUAAGAAUCAAGAACAAGAAUUCCGUACUCAUUGUCGGGAGGAAAUGACUCGUUUGCAGCAGAGUAUUGAAAACCUAAAAAUUGAAUCAGGAGAUGAUGAUGGUGAAGAAAAGGAACGAAACCAACUGAUAGACAAACAGUAUAAUACAGACAAAGAGAAGCUCCAGAAGAUCAGGCUGUUGCUGGCCCGAAGGAAUAGAGAAAUUGCUAUACUGCAGAGAAAGAUUGAUGAAGUACCAAGCAGAGCUGAACUAACCCAGUAUCAAAAGAGAUUUAUUGAACUCUAUGGUCAGGUUGCAGCAACCCACAAAGAAACCAAACAGUUCUUCACCCUCUAUAAUACACUGGAUGACAAAAAGGUGUUUCUGGAAAAAGAGGUUAAUUUGCUGAACUCCAUUCAUGACAACUUUCUGCAAGCUAUGGCAUCUUCUGGAGCCCGAGAGCAAUUUCUGCGACAGAUGGAACAAAUUGUUGAGGGAAUUAAACAGAACAGAAUUAAGAUGGAGAAAAAGAAACAAGAAAAUAAAAUGAGGAGAGAUCAGUUAAAUGAUGAGUAUCUGGAAUUAUUAGAGAAACAACGGCUCUACUUUAAAACAGUGAAAGACUUUAAAGAGGAGUGCCGGAAGAAUGAAAUGCUGCUUUCAAAGUUAAGAGCUAAGGGGGCAUCCUAGACACCAUUGUGAAAUCAAAAUAUCCUUUUUUUUUUUUUUUUUUUUUUUGUGUAAUCAAGACCUACUAAUCUUAAAUGGAAAGCCUUAUGUGUUGCAUCUAAGUCAAGUUCAUCCACAUUUUUGCAGUUUAAGCUACAUGAAAGAAAUUAAAUAUUUGCAAAAAUGUGGUUAAAUAAAUUGACAAAGUUUUGACGAGAUCCCGUUUAACAAAGUGUUUAAACUUAAUGGAUGAAAUACAUAUUCUCUGUUUCUGUCUGUUCAGUUCUCAUUUACAAUUAAUAUAGAAUAUAGGUAUAACAAAACAUAAUGUGGUUUUUAAUCUAUACAUGUAGUACUAUACAUUUAUGAACAUACUAAACCCAGAUAUGUCAAGGAAACUUCUCCUUUUUAUAAGUAAUGUUUGUUUUUUUCAUUACUUUUACAUAAUAGAUGUCAAAGGUGUAUGCAAAUUUUUGUCAUUUCAUUAUAUUGUAGUGUAUUGCAUGUCUUAUUUAACUCAUUAUAUACUGUAUGAUUCUGUCUUCAUCUUUAGCGGCUGUAGAUAAACCUGACUGGAAUAUGUUAAAACCGUUGUGAACUGUAGGACAAAAAUAAACAAGGUUGGAAUGCA